AUGGACCCCUUGACAUACAGUCCACGCGUGCGCUCAGACAGCACGAGCAGCUCGGCCUCUCAGGGCUCGAGGUCUAAGAUGCUCCUCCGCCAGCGUUUAACCCAGCUGCUGACCUGCAUAGAGGACAUGAGCUCUGACGAUGAAGCCAACGAGGAAGUGUCCCGCACACUGGACGAGGCAUUUCAGCUCUGUGGGCAUUUCAUUCCCACAGAUGCAUUCAGGCUGCACAUGGUGACCUGGAAUGUGGCCACAGCGGAGCCUCCUGAAGACAUCACCUCUCUGCUACAGCUAGACGUCCAGCCCCCCACAGAUCUCUAUGUGAUUGGCCUGCAGGAAGUGAAUGCCACCCCUGUGAGGUUCAUCUCCGACCUGUUGGUGGAGGACUCCUGGAGCCACGUCUUCAUGGACACACUGGCACCCAGAGGCUUCGUCAAGGUCACAUCAAUAAGGAUGCAGGGUUUGCUGCUGCUGGUUUUUGCCAAACAAAUUCAUCUCCCUUACAUCAGAAAAAUCCAGACCACCUACACUCGUACUGGGAUUUUUGGCUACUGGGGUAAUAAAGGAGGAGUGUGUGUGCGUUUUUCCUUCUAUGGCCACAUGGUGUGCUUUCUUAACUGCCACCUAGCAGCCCACUUGAACAACGCCUUGCAGCGUGUCGAUGAGAUUGAGUACAUCCUGGAGGCACAAGACUUUGACAUCUCUGACACCCCACACGUCCUGGACCACAAGGUGGUGUUCUGCUUUGGCGAUCUGAACUUCCGUAUUGCAGACCACGGCUUGCACUUCAUCCGCUCGUCCAUCAACAGCGGGCGUCUUAAUUUGCUCUGGAGCAAAGACCAGCUCACCAUGAUGAAGAACAAUGAACCUUUCCUGCAGGAAUUUGAGGAAGGGCCAUUAAAUUUUAAACCCACCUACAAGUUUGACCGUAACUCUGAAACCUAUGAUACCAGUGGCAAGAAGAGGAAACCAGCCUGGACAGAUCGAAUUCUGUGGCGCAUCAAACCCAAAACCCCACCAUCAGAGGAUGACGAUGAGAAGGCAUCAACUUCUACUGAUGAUGGGCUCGAUGAGUAUCCACUCCAGGUCACUCAGGACAAAUACACCAGUGACAUGAGCUACGGAGUCAGUGACCACAAGCCUGUCAUUGCAACCUUCAGUCUGGAGUUGAGAAAGUGCUUUGACACACCACUGGUGCACAUUUCUCCUUUGGGUGUGUGGAGCGCCGACCAAGAUGCACUGCUUACCUACACCGUCCAAGAAGACUUUAUGUCCUCCACAUGGGAUUGGAUUGGCCUGUACAAGGUGGGAUUCAAGAGUGCAUUUGAUUAUGAAACCUUUGUGUGGGUCCGAGAGGACGAGCUGCCAGAGACAAAUGAAGUCAUACAGAUAUCUGUGGAUAAAGAUGAAAUCCCUCUGCUUGGUGGACAGUAUGUUUUGGGUUACUACAGUACGAACAUGCAAAGCAUUCUUGGUCUCAGUGCUAACUUCCAGAUUCUGGAGUCAAAGCGUGCCGUCAUGGAGGGUCUCAUUCCUGAGAACAUCAACGGGCUCAACAAAUGAGAACAUUGCAGUGCCACAUCAUAUUCAUCUCCUAUGGAAAAUCACACAGAAAUGAAUCAGAUUUUCAAAUGCCGGAAGAUCAAUUCCAUCAUCUGCAGGACAAGCUCAUUAAUGGCCACCACACUGUGCCAUCUCGUGGACAAGAAAGUUUGUUGUUUUAACUUUGCCUUUAAGGAAUUCACCUUAAGUCAGAUUCACUUUUGCUGGGACAGUUAAACUACAAAAAAGAUUUAUUGCUGUAAUGAGUCACUAUCCACAGGCGUUUUUUUGCCAUUUAGAGCGGAAAAUACCAGAGUAAGUUAAGUUUUAUUUUUGAAAGUGGCAGACAUGCACCACAGGUUAAUACAGUCCUCCUCAAAUUGUCAAAAUACGUUUUUAUGAUUUGGUUUCUUCUGUUAGUGCCAGUGCUGAGGGCUGUACUUUCAGUGAAUUUAAGUAAUAAGACAGGUCUGCCAAUUGUAGGGAAUUGUUGUAUAGAAAAUCCUGUGUCGAUGCAGGAAGUUUUGCUUUAUCUGUGCUGUCAUUAUACAGAAAAAUGCAUUAGAUAGCUGAGUUGUUAAAAUUCUUGCGAUGAAUUAUUUGUGCCAACUACAUGAUCUAACUGUCUUAGGGUGCUAUGAUAAAGACAGGAGAAAGAUUUAAAAUAAAAUGUGGAUGGAUUUAUGGAUUCUUCUAAGAACAUCUAGCAUAGACUGUAGAUGUUGAUGUAAACUUUUACAGUCAUAUAUUGCUUUAUGACAAAUAUCUGUAAUGUAUAUGGGACAGCAUAACUCCAUUGUGCAUCAUUACAGAUUGUAAAGCAAUGAACAGAAUCAUGAAAAGAUUUUUUGAGCUUACAAAGAUUUUAAAUUUUAAUUGUUAACUUGCUCUGAAUGUUUUAGCUGUUAUCAUAUUAGUGCAAUACAGCAUGCCUUUUCUAUUAUAAUGCAAAAAUGAUGAUUGUUGUCUUAGAAGUGUCAAAAUGCAUAUUUGUGCGUACAUGUCAUAGUGCAAUUGUGUAUGUUUGGUUGAAUGAUUGAUUGAUUAACUGGUUGAUUGACAGACUGAUAAAAGCAAAAGCUCACAAUCAGCUUGUAGGAUGUGUACUGACAUUAUGUGAUCCUUUGUGGUUGUUGGUUAGGGAAGACCUGGAAAAAUGCCUUUCAAGAUAAUUUGUGACCAUAGUGACAUCUUUUUUAAAAUGUUAAAACAAAAUUUCUGUUUUUCUAUUGAUGAAAAUGUAUUAAAA